UCAAUCAAUUUUUACCACAAACAUCUUUAUUAAAUCGAGCUGUGCCGCCAUCUAAUAUAACAUCGACGACAUACCCGUUAAUGAUGAGUCCCACCCAAUUCAAUCCUCCCACAAAUAUUCUUUCUAAUGGUAUUAAUUAUGCACCAUCAAAAUAUGGAGACGUCCCAAUUCAGAGUUUAACAAAAUGGCGCGAAACUGUUGCUAUGGUCUUAGCGAAUCGGGCACCAGGCGAUAGUCAAGUGAUUACUGCAUUGGGAGAUACUCUAAAGAGUUAUGGUUGGAUUUCUGCCUCUCAUAUCUGCUAUCUUCUGUCGCCACAAACAUCUAUACAUUCAGGUAUUGACUCACCCAAUUCGCGAUUUAGCCUAAUUGGCAAGGAUUAUCUUAACAGUCCUUUCACGGGCUAUUUUCGCGAUUUGGAUGCACUCCAUCUAACCGAAAUUUAUGAGUUCGGAUUGACUUUAAAUAAAAAUGAUGAGGGAGGUCUACCGUUCUUACAGGCCUACAAACUUCUUUAUGCAUGGUGGUUAAUCGAUUGUGGCUACACGAAUGAAGCGCGAAGAUAUUGUGAAUCAAUAGCAAAUAUAGUCAAAAUUUAUACUAAGGGCUCGCCAUAUUUUCACAAGUGCUUCUUGGAACAAUUGAAGGAAUUAACACAACGUUUGCUUGAACAUGGUGAUAAUGCUUCAGGUAACAAUAAUGAAUCUUCCUCGUGGAUUUUUGCCAAGAAAAUGUCCAAACCAACAUUAGAUUCUCUAUGGGGAUCUUUAGAAGGAAAAUUCAACCAGUUUAUCGCAGGAGAUACCGCAGAAGAAAGCGAAAAGAAACCAGCCGCCAUCCACUCCCAAGAUACUGUCGGUCCAUUUUCUCACUUCAGCGCCAUUACUCAACCUACGAAUUCAGCCGGUGUACCUACACGCAGUGCAUCUGCAACUGAAUUCCGACCACACAUUGAUACAGGACUCGAUACAAGACGUUCUGCCACGCCAAAUGCAAUGCCUCAAAAACAUAUCACCGCCCAACAGCGUCGAUCUUCGACUCCUGGUGCGGGAAUGCGUGCAGUAAAUUCAGUUCAUGGGUUCAAUGGUUUCAGCCCUACAAGCUCUGAAGGACAAGUGCCCAUGACUCCCGUUCCGGAAGGGGGUAGCACUUAUGUUAGUUCUGCGGAUGACCGAAACAACUAUUUCGGAUUUUUCGGAAGGGACAGCGGUGAAUAUCAACGUGAACAAAAUCAAUUAACGGGCUCAAAUAAUGAUAUGAAUUAUAACAAUGACAAUAAUUGGCAACAAUCAAACAAUUUCGAUAACAAAAGUUCUGAUAGUGGCUUUGGCAGAAAUUCAUUUGAAAGUGAUUCCAGUAAGCAGCAACAGCAACCAUCUCAUGGAUACAAUUUCUAUCAACCUUAUGAUACUAGUUCGAAUUAUAACAGUCCGUCUUGGUGGGGUUAUAGAAAUUCCACAGCAGAAGAAAAUCACGUUACAGAAGAACAACCAUCAACUGAUUACGGUUCCGGAGAAUUUAUAUCUCUAAUGGGCAACACACCGUCAUUUGUACCAAAAACUACAUCUAAUCCUGUGUCAUCAAAUAACAAUAAUAUGAACUGGCAAGGUGAAGAAGAUGAUUUAGGUCUUGGUAAUAAUGCGUUCGGCGCAAAGAAAAAAUCACGAGACGAAGCGGAGAAUUCUCAAAAAGACAAUAGUAAUGAUAACACUUCUGCAUCUGCUUCAACUCGUGAUGUUAAAGAAACUGAACAAAAACCCGAAGAAAAAAAAGACGAUAAUAAAGCAGGAGGCAGCUGGUUUGGAAGAUGGUUUAGCAGAAAAGAAACUAAUACUGGGGGUGGAAAAGUUGCAAACCUAGGAGAAGAAAGUAGCUUUUACUAUGACCCAGUGCAGAAAAGAUGGAUCAAUAAAAAUGCGCCUGACGCAACCUCUGCAAAUACAGCACCCCCGCCGCCUCCUUCUCGGGCAAAAACUACAUCACCGACGCGCUUAGCCGCAUCAAUACCUCCUCCUAGUCGAGCUUCUUUACCGCCACAAAUUACCGAAAGUAGCCAAGUCACGAGUCCUCCACCUAUGGCAGCUACGAAUGGCGCACUUCCCCCUCCACCAACUUCUAGUAACGCUGGACGUCGAUCUACCUCAUCGAAACGACAUCGACCACGAUAUGUGGAUAUUAUGAAUCAGCCACCUGCUAGCUAA